CUGAUCCCGGGGCGCGCGCGCGCGCGCGCGCUGAGGCUCGCUGAGACCCGGCCGUGGCCGUGGCGGCCGCCCCCUCGGCAUCACACCCGCCCGGGUGGCAUGAGCCGGUGAUCGCGCGCGGGGCCGAGCGGGAGCAGCCGUGGCCGAGGAGUGGGAGGAGGAGGCUGCGUGUGCCAGCAUGUGCGCGUCGGUCAAGUACAACCUCCGGGGUCCCGCCCUCAUCCCAAGGAUGAAGACCAAGCACCGCGUCUACUACAUCGCGCUCUUCUCCGUGGUGCUGCUGGGCCUCAUCGCCACGGGCAUGUUCCAGUUCUGGCCGCACUCCAUCGAGUCGGCGGCGGCCGAGUGGGGCGCGGCGCGGCGCAGCGCGCGGGACGUGCCCGUGGUGCGCCUGGCGGCCGACGCGCCCCUGCCCGAGCGCGGCGACCUCAGCUGCCGCAUGCACACGUGCUUCGACGUGUACCGCUGCGGCUUCAACCCCCGGCACAAGAUCAAGGUGUACAUCUACGCGCUGCGCAAGUACGUGGACGCGGCGGGCGCGCCCGUGGGCCACGCGCUCUCCCGCGAGUACAACGAGCUGCUCGCGGCCAUCGCCGACAGCGACUACUACACGGACGACAUCGGCCGCGCCUGCCUCUUCGUGCCCUCCAUCGACCUGCUGAGCCAGGGCGCGCUGCGCGUGCGGGAGACGGCGCAGGCGCUGGCGCAGCUCUCCAGGUGGGAUCGGGGUACCAAUCACCUGCUCUUCAACAUGUUGCCUGGAGGCCCCCCAGAUUAUAACACAGCCCUGGACGUCCCAAGAGACAGGGCCCUGUUGGCCGGUGGCGGCUUUUCCACAUGGACUUACCGCCAAGGCUACGACGUCAGCAUUCCUGUCUAUAGCCCGUUGUCUGCCGAAGUGGAGCUUCCGGAAAAAGCACCCGGCCCGCGGCGGUACUUCCUCCUGUCCUCGCAGAUGGGCCUCCACGCUGAGUACCGGGACGAGCUGGAGGCACUGCAGGCCCGGCACGGGGACUCGGUGCUGGUGCUGGACAAGUGCACCAACCUCUCGGAGGGCACCCUAUCGGUGCGCAAGCGCUGCCACAAGCACCAGGUCUUCGAGUACCCGCAGGUGCUGCAGGAGGCCACUUUCUGCGUGGUGCUUCGAGGUGCGCGGCUGGGCCAGGCGGCACUGAGUGACGUGCUGCGGGCCGGCUGUGUCCCAGUCAUCAUGGCCGACUCCUACGUGCUGCCUUUCUCCGAGGUCCUUGACUGGAAGAGGGCAUCGGUGGUGGUACCCGAGGAGAAGAUGCCGGAGGUGUACACCAUCCUGCAGAGCAUCCCCCAGAGGCAGAUUGAGGAGAUGCAGAGACAGGCUCGCUGGUUCUGGGAAGCAUACUUCCAGUCCAUCAAGGCCAUCGCUCUGGCCACCCUGCAGAUUAUCAAUGACCGGAUCUACCCGUAUGCUGCCCUCUCCUAUGAGGAAUGGAAUGACCCUCCUGCCGUGAAGUGGGCCAGCGUGAGCAACCCCCUCUUCCUCCCCCUGAUCCCACCGCAGUCCCAGGGCUUCACCGCCAUCGUCCUCACCUAUGACCGCGUGGAGAGUCUCUUCCGGGUCAUCACCGAGGUGUCCAAGGUGCCCAGCCUCUCCAAGCUGCUGGUCGUGUGGAACAACCAGAAUAAAAGCCCCCCCGAAGAAUCUCUCUGGCCCAAAAUCCGGGUUCCGUUAAAAGUUGUGAGGACCGCCGAGAACAAGCUGAGUAACCGUUUCUUUCCUUACGACGAGAUCGAAACAGAGGCCGUUCUGGCCAUCGAUGACGAUAUCAUCAUGCUGACCUCGGAUGAGCUGCAGUUCGGUUACGAGGUCUGGCGGGAGUUUCCUGACCGCCUGGUGGGUUACCCAGGCCGUCUGCAUCUCUGGGACCACGAGAUGAACAAGUGGAAGUAUGAGUCGGAAUGGACCAACGAGGUGUCCAUGGUGCUUACGGGAGCAGCUUUUUAUCACAAGUAUUUCAAUUACCUGUACACCUACAAAAUGCCCGGGGACAUCAAGAACUGGGUCGACGCUCACAUGAACUGUGAAGACAUCGCCAUGAACUUCCUGGUGGCCAACGUCACGGGGAAGGCUGUCAUCAAGGUAACACCACGAAAGAAAUUCAAAUGUCCCGAGUGCACGGCCAUCGACGGGCUCUCGCUGGACCAGACACACAUGGUGGAGAGGUCCGAGUGCAUCAACAAGUUUGCCUCAGUCUUCGGGACCAUGCCCCUCAAGGUGGUCGAGCACCGGGCCGACCCCGUUCUGUAUAAGGACGACUUUCCUGAGAAGCUGAAGAGUUUCCCCAACAUCGGCAGCCUGUGAAGCACACCCUGGGAGGAGGGGGAGGCAGAGCCCUCCCUCUACCCCUGAGACCCAGGGAUCUCAGAGUGGACCACGGCCCUGGCGUCCAGCGUCUCGGCCCUGUCCCCCACGGUGCCCUGAGCCUGCAGUGCCCAGUCUAGCCCUGUGUCCCUCCUGCCCGCCCUGAGGAAGCUGGGGGGGAGGCAGGGGUUGGCACGGAGGGUGUGUGUGUGUGUGGGCCAGCUCAGAAGAUACGUGCCACCAAGGGCAGGAAGAGAACGUGGGGGGAACAGGGACCCUCACAGCAGUCAGAGCCAUUUCAGGAGAAGCCAAGGUGCUCAGAAUUCGGGCCCGAGCCCGCCUCCCUGUGGGGUUGCAUGGGCCCCCACCCCCCCUUGGGGGGCAUGAGGAUUGGGGGUAGGGGGUGAGGGGUAGCCUCAGGGUCUGUGCAGUGUCCAGAACACCCAGUCAGGUGCCAGCCAGUGAGUCACACCAGCAGCUCUCCC